UUUUUCAAAGGGAAAAAAAACUGAACUAAAUAAAAAUAAAUCAUACAUUUGUCUCAAUUGUUUUUUUAUUUUUGACACGAGCCAGUGAAGAUUAGCUAAUGCCAAGUUAAAAAAAAAUUAAAAAUAAUUAUAAAACACUACAUGAAACCUGAGCAGCCAUAACCAGAAGGCACCAUACCGAAACCGCAAAGCUUAUUUUUAAUUACGUACUUAACUUAAAUGCUGUAAAAAUCGAAGUAAAAAUAAAAUAAACUUAUAACAUAUAAUAAGCAACAACAAUUUUAUAACAUUUUUCUUCAUAUUCGUUACAAUUUACAAAAACAACUCAAAGCUAAAACUGUAACAAAUCUCUGAAGCUACCUCAAAUCCUUGCCAAUAGCGAAUAAGCACUAACAAUGGAGCGCUCACAAAGUUACACACACUUUGAGUUAAGUGAAGAUGACAACAACAUCAACAACAACAACGUCAUCAACAGCAAACUAUCCACAAUUACGUUGAGUAAAACGAAAAACGUAAGGCGCACACGUAAACUACAAAAACAACAACAAAUCCAGCAAGCCAUUAGCGGAAGUAGUGAUAAUAUAGAUGCUGUGACCAUAUCCAAUACACUGCAAUUGAAACGUAAAAGGCAAUUGCAACGACAAAAAACAGCAGAAUUAGAUGAUGAUAUGGAAUAUGCGGCGGAAGAGGAAUAUGAAGAUGAUGAAUAUGAAGUGAAUGAAAUUUGUGAAAAUGUUUUAGAUUUUGAAAGUACACUUACACAAAUAUUACCUAAGAAUAUCACUACAAAUGAACGUACAAAGCGUCAGUUGCCAUAUCAAAAAAGUCACUUAUCACAGGACGAUAGCUUAAGUACAACAAUAACAACAGAUUCACCUUCAUCACCUACAUCGCCUACAAAUAAAUCACAUCAAUUUAAACAUGCUGAUUCCUUUGAUUCGAAUUCUACUGGCGCCGAUAUGAGUCCAAUAAGUAGGCGACAUAAUUUUGUAUUUCUGCCGCGUGAUAAUUCUAUACAUUCAGAUUCUAGUCAUUAUUCCAGCGUGGAUAGUUUGUUGGAAGCACGUAAGCCAGAUCCAGAAGCCAUACUUAUAAAUUUAGGUUUUGGACCAGUCGGUUCAGAAGAUAUACUUUCACGCAUACCAAAACGUUUUCUUAAGCCCUCACAAGUACGUGGCAUUGAUACGGACGCCUUUGUUAAACGUCUUCAAUUGGCAAGUAAUUUAGCAGAUCACAGUGUACUCGGCUAUCGUGGUUUGACUGGCAAUCCUGAUAUACCACCCUCAACAAUUGUGGCGAAAAUUAUGCAGCGUUUCGAGGUUAAUGAACGCAAAAGAUCUAUGGGUUCAAUAGAGCACGCUAUCUAGAGCAGCCUACACAUACAUUAUGCCAAUAAUUUUUAAGUUUAGAUUUUAAUUUAAUUUUUAUUUAUAUUUUUUUUAAGGGGCUAACUGUUCAGUGUUAAA